AUGAAAGUAGUCACACUGGCUUCUCAUGAAAAUCUGCUCACGGCGAGUUGUGAGCUGUUGAAUUCAGAAUGGCCACGAAGCAUGGGCUCUCGGGAGCACUCGCAAAAGAAAUCAUGUCGAGAGUCACCGCCAAUGUCGUUCCUUCUGCUGGAUUCAGAUGAAAAGUUGAUAGGGCACGCCAGAAUUUGUAAACUUCCGAAUCGCUCGAAAAUGCUAGCUGUUAUUAGCUGUUUUUGCUGUUAUUCGCUGUUAUUAGCUAGUAUUCUAAUAUUCGCUAUGACUGCCGUUGCGGCUAUAUUAGACUUAAAGUCUUUUAACCUAAUCAAAACCUGGCCGGAGCUAGCCAACAAAACCGACGACGAAUUCGAUGAGACGGAGAGACGGUUCAGAUCGAUGAAACAAACAUUGUCAAGAGAAAGUAUAAUGUGGGAAGGAUCGUUCGUAAUGGAUGGCACAACAGUCAUCACUGACUGUUGGCGAGGAUACAACGGACUCGCGGCGCUAGGUUAUGAUCAUAAAACAGUGAACCAUUCUCAAAAUUUUGUGGACCCUGCCACUGGUCUCCAUACGCAGAGAGUUGAGUCGCUUUGGAGCCAUUUGAAGCGUAGAAUCAAGCCAAAGUGCGGCCUUAAAGGAGAUUUAUGGGAUGAUCACUGGUUUGAAGCUUUAUGGCACUUCAAGCACCACGAAGAGGCGAAGCUCUACGAGCUUUGGGCUGAGAUCGCUAGAAGAUAUCCACUCACUUAA